AUGUCGGGUCGUGUUAGGAAGCAGUCGGACUGCCCUGUAAGCAAGCAAGGUCCUAUGAGGGCAACUCUACCAGUGUCCUCGGUGAUGAAACAAAGUGGUGGCUUAAAGAAAAACGCUGGUAAUAGUCCAACAUUGUCACCUACAAAUGUCUGGCGUCGAAUAUCACCAGAUCAUGCACUUUCUGGUCAGCGAAGUCCUGGAGCAGUCAACUAUAAGGGCAAAGGACGGUUUGGUGCUAGUGUAAUCAGGCGCACAGCAUCACUUGACACCUUAUAUCACAAAGGACAAUGGUCUAGAGAUUAUUAUCUGCAUGCAGGUCAUCUACAAGUUGAUAAAUCAACUCAAACUGAUGAAGGUGGUGGAGCAUCUGGUCGUUCAUCCCGUGGUGCAGAAGAUGAUAAACUGGAUCGUUUUUUGCGCAGUCGCCUUCAGAGACCACAUAAACCCUCUGCAUCUGGAGAUAACUCUGCCCACUCAAUGAGUCCUGGAUUCUGGUCUCGUUUUGCAACUGGGAGUGUACCGCUUAGGGCAGCUCGCUCAUCAGUUGAAGGUCUAAAUCAAGAAAUUGAGCGACUUGUUCUAUGCCCGGCCAGUGGCACUCAAACUCCUCAUCUUGAUCGGUUACGAGAUAAGGUCACACCAGAAGGUCAUCGCGCUCCACUGGCCGAGCUACUGAGACGCUCCGUCAACACACAAACUCCACAUGAUCUUUGUCAUACGGCCCAUUCCUCAGAUCCACCAUCACGGGGCUCACUCUCCAGCGCUGGUUCCACAGAACUACUGGCAGCAGGUGGGAGUGUUUGUUCAUCUCCUGAUCUAGAUGGAGCAAAGCUCGGGACGUCUCCUCAAAUAAACCGUUUCUUGGCUCGCGAACCCCCCGAUGGUUGUGAGAAGGUUAAUUUAAAAGCUGGCGAAGGCGCGCAUACGGAACCAUUGUCGGUGAUGAAGCCAACAGUACAUGGGUUUACGUUACGGCCGUCGCUGGGCUCAGCGUUCCAGCCGCUGCAGCCCGCGCCGCCCUCCCCGCCCGCCCCCACCCCCCACUGA